GUCUGUGUUGGUUCGUCUGUUUAGUUCAUGUCCAUACAGAGUCCUGCACCGUGCCAGGAGGCCCACAGAUUGACCAAGGAACUCAGAUGAGACCGAACUGCAACAAAAAUCAGUCGGAGCUUGAGUGGCACAUCGGGUGAAGAUGAUGGUUGAUAACGGAGGUCCUCACCUCAGGCAAGAUGACCAGUCUCACUGCUAAGGACAAGGACACAGUCAAGGCCUUCUGGGCUAAAAUUUCUGGAAAGGCUGAGGACAUCGGCACUGACGCUCUGUCCAGGAUGCUGGUGGUCUACCCUCAGACCAAGACCUACUUCUCCCACUGGAAGGACCUGAGCCCCGGCUCUGCCCCCGUGAGGAAGCAUGGAAUCACCGUGAUGUCUGGAGUCGCUGAUGCUGUGUCCAAAAUCGACGACCUGAAAGGAGGUCUCCUGAACCUCAGUGAGCUGCAUGCCUUCACUCUGAGGGUGGACCCUGCUAACUUCAAGAUCCUGUCCCACAACAUCCUCGUGGUCUUGGCCAUCAUGUUCCCCAAAGACUUCACCCCUGAGGUCCAUGUGGCUAUGGACAAGUUCCUGGCUGCCCUGGCUCGGUCCCUGUCUGAGAAAUACCGAUAAACUGCGAACAGGAGCAGUAGCAGAUGACAGACAUGAG